CCAGUGGUGUACGAGUUCUCGGCAAAGCGCAGCGGAGUUAGAGUUCGAGGACGUGUGGGGUGUCCCGAGUCCGGCUGGGUAGUAGUAGAGCCCGAUAGAGAGACGAACGGAUGGUGGAUGGUGGAUGGUGAGCUACGAGGCGAGCCGAAGUUGUCCGAACCGGAGCACAGUGCCCGACCGAGACACCGAGACCGAGAGAGACACACACCAGCAGCUCCUGACACAACUAACCAGCCACUACUAGGCGCACGUCCGGCACAGUCCACUCAGAGAUACGACCCAUGCCGGACGAUCAUCCGAGGUCCACGCCGGAGCACCAGCAUCCGACGUAUCUGGACCACGCUUCUCUAUAGAUUUUUCACAAACAAUAAUAUCAACAAUAUUAAUUAUUUUUAUUUAUAUUUUAUUAAAAACCGUCCGUUCAACAAAAUAAUUCGACAUGUCAUUUCAAAAUAAUCUCUGAUAUUUAUUUAAGCAAGCAAGUGAAGUGAUUUUAAAUAAAUAUAAUUAAAUUAAAUUAUUAUUAUCGAGUGGUUAUUGUUGUGAGUGGACAAGAGGUGGACCGAGUGAGGUGUUUAUUUAUUUAUUUUAUUAUAUAUUUAAAUUAUUAGAAAAUUGUGAUCACGGUGAUACGGGAUUUAAAUAGUGGGAUUUCUUGUAAGAUUAUUAUAUUAUUAUUAUUAUUAUUGUAAUUAGUAGUAUUAAUGAUGAGACGGUCGAAAUGACCGAGGGAUUUAAAUCUGAAUGAAGUAGUAGAUGGUUGUAAUUUGCUGGGAUUUUAUUUCACUUGGAAGCAUGUGGCCGCGGAGAUAGAACUGGUCAAUGCGAGAAAGAACUCACUAGUGAUUUUAGUUACUGGUAAAUUAGACUACAGACCUUGGAUUUUUGGUACCGAGCUUGGAAAAGCUCCUUCCUCGGCACCAUGAGGAUCAAAAUGCCCGCUGUUAGAAUCGCUCAAGCGGAACCAUCACAAGGUUCGAUUCCGCCGGACACAGUCCACUGUGGAGGCUGUCGGAUUUCGUACCCUCUGAGCGAGAUCGUCCGCUUCAUAGAGCACAAGGUAAACCACUGUCGUACCCUCCAGGGGUGUCAUAGUCCUCCCCCGACGACGGCCCACGAGGACUCCGACCCUGAGGACGCUCUGGCGUUGAAAUCCGCGGACCCCGAGAAGCUUAACUCGGUGCCGAGCAUAUCCGCGCCGAUAAACAAGAGGAUCGGGAGAGUCGAAAGCCCUCCUACGCCCCAGGUCAGCGCGACCGACAGUGGCAGCCCCAUCGAGCUAAGAGCCAGUGCGAGCUCGACCCCCAAGAGACGGACCGAGAACGACGAGGACAAGGAGGAACUCACCAAGAAAGUCAAGACCGAGUCCGUCGAUGCUGACACCAAUACUAUUAAUUCCGAGCCAAGAUGCCUGCAAUGUUCGCAGUGUUCGCGGCGCCUAACAUCCGCGUGGGACCUGAUCCAGCACGUGCAAAGCGUCCACGGAGCAAGAUUAUACGGCCUGCCAAACUCCUCAGCGAACACAUCAUCAAACACACCGGCGCCGAGCCCACCGACGCCGAACCCUAGUCACUCCUACCACCUGAGCCCGCCGAACCACCUGAACCUCAGCGGAAAAUCCACCGGAAGUUCCGCAGCGAAUUCCUCCGGCGGAACAACCUCGAGUUCCAGCAGCAGCCGGCAACUUCAAAGUUCCUCCCUAGUCGCGGACCCACUACACAGUUUCCUGCGACUGCCCCAGCACUUGGAACGGAGCCUGCCCCCGAUGUUCAGGCCGGAAUUUCUAGCCCUAAACCCCCUGGCAGGCUACCGAGGCCUCCAGGACCUCCAAACCGCGACGCGGAACCUCCAGAACCUCGGAGACCCGCUCCGCGCAAUGGACGGGCUGAACCUCGGUGACCCUCUCGUCCGGAGUUCUUUAGACACCCUGAACAACGCCCGGAACCUAGCUAAUUUAACGGAACUCUCGCACGCGCGGGGUCUCGGAACCCAGGGCCACCCACCCCAACUCGAAGCGAAUCUGGAUUUUUAUUCGGCGCGCCUAAGGAGCCUCGCUAAUCCGCCCUUAGGCGCGGCUCCAACGAAUCCACCGACAAAUCCCACGAUCGUUUCGAAUGUCGCCACCCCACAGUCCCACCAGGCCCCUUUAGCGGCCCAGCCAACUAACAUCAACAUCAACAACAACAACAGCAACAACAACAACAACAACAACAACCCCCAGAACUCCUCCAGCGAGUCGCACUUGUCCUCCAGCCCCACGACCCCCGCGAACCUGAGAGUCCACGCUUUAACCCAAAAAGGGAACUCCCCCUGCUACAACCAGAGCCCUCCCGGGCACAACAACAACAACUCCACCGACAGUGAUAAAACCAGCCAUCCCCCCUCCACCCCCAUAAUCACAGACUCCGCAGAAACAGUCUACACCUGCGAGGUCUGCGAUAAAAAGUUCCGAUUCCAGUCGAACCUAAUUGUCCACAGACGCUGCCACCAGGAAAAAGACCACCAGUUCCAGGAGUCCCAGGACGGAGGCGCCAUAGCGCGCUGCGAGGUCUGCGACGUCGAACUCUCAAACUUCUCGGAACUCCGCAAGCACAUGCGCAAAGAACACUCCGAUUCUUUAAACCCCGCGAGCCCCCAAGGCAGCGUUGAGACCGUUCCUGACGACGGUUCCAGCUGCGACGAGAACAUGGACCUCGACGAGGGCGACGAGACGGACCAAAAGACCCGAACCGAGGAGGAGAACACUCCCGAGGACCUCAGUACCACUCAAGGUCAGAGUUCCGAGGAGGGCCUCCAAAGACCCGACCAAAAGCCCAGCUUAGUCGGCGAUCUUAUGGAGAAGUUCGGCCUCAAUAAUAUUGCUCAGUACUCCGAAGCCUACCGCCAGGCCCUCCAGGAGAACCACCGCGGGGGGUUCCUUAAAACCGAGAGUCCCUCGAAUCUCACGAACUCCCUGAACAACAACAAAGAAAAGGACAGCGCUCUUUCUCCGAAUUUUAAUUCUUCCGCGACUGCGAACAUUUUCUCGGGGACUUUUCCGCGCGCUGGACCCGAUUUUGGGGGCCUUUGGCUGCCUAGUGCGCAUUAUCUGGAGAACAGUGAGUUCCGGAAGGUCACCAAGGCCACCACGUCCAGUUUGGCACUUCAAGGACUGCCCAGUCCGCUUUUAAAGAAGGAACGCCACGGCAGGAACGACACUUGCGAGUACUGCGGGAAGGUUUUUAAAAACUGUUCCAAUUUGACGGUGCACAGGCGCUCUCACACUGGUGAGAAGCCUUACAAGUGCGAGCUCUGUUCCUACGCAUGCGCUCAGAGUUCCAAGCUCACUAGGCACAUGAAAACUCACGGUAGGCACGGGAAAGAUACUUACAAGUGCCGGUUCUGCGAAAUGCCCUUCUCGGUUCCUAGUACGUUGGAAAAACAUAUGAGAAAGUGCGUCGUUGUUGUUCAACAGGGACCCAAAUUGGGACUGCCCUAUCCCGGGAGCCAGGACGAGGACUCAAGUCUUAGCACCAAGGACACUUGAUCCUGGAGCGGCAGUCUUCCGCCGCCUAUUCCGCCGCUCUGGCCCCAGCCGCCCUAUACUGUUUAUUAGGGACAAGUCUGAUGGUUAUUAUUAUUAGUUAUUAUUAUUAUGACGGGGUUUGAAGAAACCAUUGAAGAUACUUAACGAUACUAAGAUUAAUGGUUACCACUGGAGCAUCCAGAAGUAUAUAAAUAAUUUAUAUGUAUGAAAAUUAUGUGAAUAAUAAUUUUAAAUACUUUAAGGUAGUUUUAAGAGAUAUAUAAAUAUAUAAAUAUAAAU